AACCCUAAACCCCUCAGUCUCCUCAUCUCUCUCAAAACGCAAUGGCUUUCACUUCCAUCCUCCGCAGAUCGGCCUCAUCUCUGGCCCCACUUGCCACCCGCCUCGUCCGCGGCCAACGGAGCUACCACGCCGCCGUCUUCACCGCCAUAAACCACUCCACCCUCGCCGCCCGGAAGCCCUCUCUGGCUCGUCAAAACCCUCGGUACUAUUCCAAGGCCGACGACAGCCUUCUCCGAGUCAUCGACGCUGAGAUUCAGUGCGCCGAGGAGACUGAUGAUCAGGAGAUUGAAGAGGUUCCGAGUGGUUUCCCUUUCAAGAUAGAAGAUGAGCCUGGAUAUCAGACAGUGAAGCUGACGAGAACGUAUCAAGAUGAAGAGAUAGAAGUGGAAGUUCACAUGCCUGAUCUAGUUACCGGCGAGGGUGAGGAUGAUGAUGAUGCGGAUGAUGAUGCCAAUCAAUCGAGCAUCCCAUUGGUCGUGAGCGUCUCCAAGGGGAGUGAUUCCCCUAUUCUGGAGUUUAGCUGCAAUGCCUACCCUGAUGAGAUUCAGAUAGAGAGCUUGGUAGUUAAGAAUCCCGGCACUGCUGAGGAUCAGAUCGGCUACGAGGGGCCUGACUUCCAUGAUUUGGAUGAGAAUCUCCAGAAGUCCUUUCACAAGUACUUGGAGAUUAGGGGAAUCAAGCCCAGCACAACCAAUUUCUUGCAUGAGUACAUGAUCAACAAAGACAGCAGGGAAUACAAGAACUGGCUGAAGAAACUUAAGCAAUUUGUUCAAGUUUAAUUGCCUCCUAGCAUAUCGGUUUUGCCCGGAAGAGAUCCGAAGUUAUGUUUGAGUCUGUCUUAUGGAACAUCUAUGACUUUUAAGCAACAAAUCCUAUAAUUUAGGGAAACGAUUAUGUAGUUCAUUGAAAUUAAUGAUGUGCUCUAUGUUGGCAUUGUUACGCUUGUGACAUGCAGUAGCAUUUGAGCAUUGUCUUACGUUUUAUCAGGCAAUCAAUUAUGUUGCAGCAUUUUCCAAGCU